AUGAAUGCCCCAUCGGCUUUCGAAUCAUUCCUACUCUUCGACGAUCGAGGCGAGAAGAAGAUCCAAUACGAGAUAGACACCAAGGUACCAAACUGCGCCGUCUUCACGAUCAACAAAGAAGACCACACCAUCGGAAAUCUCGUCAAACAUCAGCUUCUCAAGGAUCCGAAUGUGCUGUUCGCCGGCUACCGAAAUCCACAUCCGCUGGAGCACAAGUUUUUGUUGAGAGUGCAAACAAACGGCGAAUGCACACCGAGCGACGCCCUCAACAUGGCCAUCACCGAUCUCAUCUCCGAAGUCUCCUUGUUCUCCGAGCUUUUCGUGGAGGCCGUCAAGGAGAAGCAGGAAAUGGAG